AUGCUUCGUGGAGAAUUAUUCUUGUUACUCUGUAUUCUCACUGUUACAAGUGCCUCAAAAAUUUGCAUUCGCCGCCCCCAAAUUCACGCAAUGGAGGGAGAACCUUUUUAUUUGAAGUUCUGUGAAACAUCUUCACCCGUGCACAAGAAUGAAACAGCCACUAUAAGAUGGCUCAAAAGCAAUGCUUUCCAUGAAUACGAGGAGCUGAACACUAAAAGUUCAUCCAGAAUUACUUUCAAUGGUUAUGAUUUGGAAUUCUGGCCAGUUAAGCUAGAGGACAAGGGAACAUACAUUUCCCAAGUGGGAAAGGAUUAUCAAAAUUGGACCCUAACUGUCAUCCCAAGAAAUAAACACAGCUGUUUUUCUGAAAAACUUGUGACAAAUAGAAAUGUGGAAGUCAAGAAAGCUUUGCACAUACCAUGUGAAAAUCCUAACUACAGUGAGCUGAUCAACCACAUAUCACUAUAUAAGAACUGCAAAGAAAUCAUAAAUCCCCCAGUGAUCGAGAAGGAUGCUGAAUUUGGAGAUGUGGGUUAUUACUCUUGUGUAUUUUUUGUCCACCAUAAUGGGAAACAGUACAACAUCACCAAGACCAUCAAUAUAACAGUUAUUGAAGGGAACACUAAAAUAACUCCAGCUAUUUUGGGACAAAAGUUUGAGACUGUUGAAGUAGAACUAGGAAAAGAUGUGGAACUUAACUGCACUGCUUUACUGAAUAAAAAUGAUAUGUUUUAUUGGAACAUCCUGAACAACUAUUCAGAUCCUAAUGUGCAUGAAGACGUGAACAAGACAACUUGGACUUUUGAAGGCAAACUGCAUGCUUUUAAAAUAUUGAGAAUUGGUAAUAUUACUGAAAAGAAUCUCAGUGUUUUAUAUAAUUGCACGGUGGCCAAUGAAGAAGCCACGGACACCAAAAGCUUCAGGUUGGUGAGGAAAGAAAUGGUUGAUAUCCCAGGACAUGUCUUUAUGAGAGCAAUAAUCAUGGCAGUUUUCAUCUCUGUGGCAGUCGUGUGUGGGGUGACUUUGUGUGUCAUUUAUAAAGUCGACUUGGUUCUAUUCUAUAGACGCUUGGUGGAUAGAGAUGAGACAUUAACAGAUGGUAAAACAUACGAUGCUUUUGUGUCUUACCUGAAAGAGUGUCAUCCUGAGAAUGGAGAAGAACAUACUUUUGCUGUGGAGACAUUACCCAGGGUCCUGGAGAAACAAUUUGGGUACAAGUUAUGCAUAUUUGAAAGAGAUGUGGUGCCUGGUGGAGCUAUUGUUGAUGAAAUCCAUUCACUGAUAGAGAAAAGCCGGAGGCUCAUCAUCAUCCUCAGCAAAAGCUACCUGACUAACGAGACCAGGCUCGAACUUGAGAGUGGACUCCAUGAAGCGCUGGUGGAGAGAAAGAUUAAAAUCAUCUUAAUCGAGUUUACUCCAACCAGCAGCUGCACUUUCCUGCCCCCAUCGCUGAAGCUCCUGAAACCUUAUAGAGUUCUGAAGUGGAAAGCUGACAAGUCCCGUUCUUACAACUCGAGGUUCUGGAAGAAUCUUCUUUACUUGAUGCCGGCCAAGGCCGUCAAGCCAUGGAGAGAAGAGUCUGAAGCAUUGCCAGUUCUUUCAGAACCUUGAUCCUCAGCAAAGCUGGGUGUCAAAAGGAACUGAGGCACUGCUUGAGGCUGA